AUGCUAUUGAUAUCCCCCCCAUCGUCCUCUCUUUCCAAUGGAGUUACUUCACAACGCCAACAAUGCUUCAAUACCCCCUCUGGUGCAAUCCUCCCCGCCGAACUUCUCCUUCGCAUAGCCACAAUCCUCGCUCAAUCCCAUCAAUUCCGGUCGCUCGGCUCCCUUGCGCGGACGUCCACUUCACUCAACCUCUUCGUCACCCCCCUCAUAUACAGGGACGUCUACAUCCACUCCAAGGCAGACUAUGAAUCCAUCCUGACAGCGCUCUCCCAAUCGGCCAGCACGGCGGACGGGGCAGACGGCCAGGCGAGCGGGAGGGGAGGAAUCAUGGGGAGUUUGCGCUUGACGAAACGGGUGACCAUCAGGGAUCUACCGCAUCCUCACUUUGGACCCCGCCUAUCUGCUGCGCUCGCGAGACAUCACGAGACCGUACUUUUCCCCAACGCCGAGUUCCUCGCUGUCGCUCCUCUUCAGCCGUACUUGCACCCCCCGGCGGACAAGGCCGCCGCCGCUCGAGGAGCGACAAGUCCCCUACCCUUCCUCCUCUCUCAGCUCUGCACUCCGGACCACCUGUGCCUCGACCACCUCUUCGGCCCCUCGGCGGACAUCAAACUCUCGCGAAAUCCCUGCUGCGCCUUCCUCCACCGGUUGACGUCCGCGCUCCCGCGAGGGAGUUGGGCCAAGCACGCCCAGCCCACGUUGAGCUGGCAUGGUCCUCUCAAGGAGCGCAGCGGAGUCAGGCCGGCUGACUUCCUCUCCUGGGAGCGAGCUGUACAACAGUUCGACCAUGUCCGGAUCUAUAGUCCCUCAGACAUCCGUCUCAACGUCGACGACUUUACACGUACACAUGGCCAGUCGCCACCCAACCUCGUGGGCGCAUGGGCGGCAACACUCGCUGAGGGCCUCUGCCGCUCCGGCCUUUGUCCGGUCGUCGCCGAACGUCCUACCAUGUACACACUCAACAUCGCUACGAGCGGGCGCGACGCGCCGGAGGCAUCGGCUACGCGGCUGGGACUCGCCAUCAGCACCAACCUCAGCAAUGGGUCGCUGGCUCUGCGCAAAUCAGCACUCCUGUGCAUCAAGGCCUGCAUGGGCAGUAUCAGCCAACUGUGCUUAGAUACAGCAAGGGCAAACCUUGAGCCCAUCUGCCAGCGGUUGAGCACGCCUUGCUCCGAUACCGGCCGAUCCACGGCGGGUCUCAUCUCCCUCCUUCACGAAGCACAAGAGCAGCUCAACCGAGCGCUCGAGGAAUCCCCUUUGGUGGACCGGGAAGACAUACAUCAUGCUCUAGUCAGCGGAGAGCUGGCAAGGCUAGAUCCGGCUCCUUCCGCCUGGCGGGUGGAAGGGGACCUUGGGGGGAAGGGGAGAUUGCGGGGUAUAGACGUCAGGAUAGGGCAAGACCAGGUUCCGUGCCCUGUGCUCUCAUAUUGUCCGUACUGA